GGCGUCAUGUUGGCCUACAUCUGCGCAUGCGUCAAGCUUUCUGGUGUUGCAGUGUGGCAAGUCUCCUGGAGCAACGCGCUUACCUCAGAAACUGAGUCAUCCUGCCCGAUUUAGACAUUUAUUUAUCACCUACUGUCUACAAAACUGUCCAGCGAAUACAUUAGACGAUUUUGUCCCGUGUUGUUUGACUAGCUACUGCGCAGGAGAAGAUUGUGCAGAGUGCGCAUUGACUCUGUUGGGAAGUUCGCGAUUGUCUCUCAGCAUUGUUUGUGCUCAGCUGCCGGCUACAUCGUUUUUGCCGUUUGGAGGUCAGGCUUCCCCACAAGCGUAGCUGUCCAGCUACAGCAUCUUCUCUCCUCGCAGAGAUUCAGCGCAUCAGUACAGUUCUCAGAGUAAAAUUGUGGACAAGUUUUUGUAAUUUUCCUUCUCUCUCAAAAAUGGCCGCAACAACGUUCGAAAUGGACGGAAGUGUGAUGGAGGGGGGAGGCCAAAUUUUGAGAUUGUCUGCUGCUCUUAGCUGCAUUCACGGCACGUCAAUCAAAAUAAACAAAAUUCGAGCUGGCAGAAGCACGCCAGGUUUAAGGCCUCAGCACCUGAUGGGUCUGGAGCUAGUCAGGGACAUGUGCACUGGCAGUUUGGAGGGCGCUGUGAUCGGAUCCACAGAAGUCAGUCUCUCUCCCGGCACAAUCAAGGGGGGCAGCCACAUCGCAGACACCCAGACCGCGGGGAGUGUGACACUGCUGAUGCAGGUGUCGAUGCCGUGUGCCCUCUUUGCCCAGGGUCCCUCUGAGCUCUGCCUGAAGGGCGGCACCAACGCCGAGAUGGCGCCCCAGAUCGACUACACCCUCAGGGUGUUUAAGCCCAUCGUGGAGAGGUUUGGUGUCAACAUGGACUGUGACCUGCGGAUGAGGGGUUACUAUCCUAAGGGUGGGGGAGAGGUGGUGCUGAAGGUGAACCCGGUCAAAGAGCUUAUCCCCAUCAACAUGAUGGAGCGCGGACACAUCACCAAAAUCUACGGACGAGCCUUCACAGCCGGAGUCCUGCCCUCCAAGUUGGCUAAGGACAUGUCUACGGCGGCGGUGCGCACCAUCAGGAAGGAGAUCAAGGACCUGUACAUCAACAUCCAGUCCCUGCAGGAGAAGGAGAAGGCCUGCGGCAACGGCAACGGCAUCAUCAUCAUCGCUGAAUCCUCCACCGGCUGCAUAUUUGCUGGCUCGGCUCUAGGGAAGAAAGGUGUGUAUGCAGAUAAGGUGGGCAUUGAAGCUGCUGAGAUGCUUCUCAGAAAUGUCAGACACAACGGCUGUGUUGACGAGUUCCUACAGGAUCAGCUCAUCAUCUACAUGGCCCUGGCUAAGGGGACGUCUCGCGUGCGCACCGGGCCCAUCACCCUUCACACACAGACCGCCAUCCACGUCGCCGAGCAGCUCACCAAGGCCACGUUUGCGGUCCGCAAGGCAGAGGAUGAGAACGCCAACAGCGACACCUAUAUCAUCGAGUGCCAGGGAGCAGGCGUGGAGAAUCCCAAUCUUUGAAUACACACACACACACACGUACACACACACACACACACACACACACACACACAUAUGACACACACUACUGUUAUCCUUUGGUCGGGGGGGCAGGGCAGGCUGACCCCCCCCCACCCACCACCCAGUUGAAGGAGUGAUAAUGAAUUUCUAGUUUGAGCCCGCCCCCUCCAGUAAGCCCCGCCCCUUUGUGUCUCAGGGUUUAUCCUUACACUGUACAUUGUAAUGUCCAUUCCUCUGACUGCUGUCACAACCUCUCACUACCCGCUCACCUCACCUGCCCAGCUACCAAUCAGGAAGAGACUUCUCUCUGCUCCCCUCACCCAUAGCCAAUCAGCUUCACUCACUCACUCACUGACACUCACUCACACACACACACACACAGAUCUUCUCCCGGACCACUCGGUUUCCCCCCUCCAGAGUUCACUACCCCAGCUAGUGCUGUUACCGAAGGGCAGCCAACAGAGUCAAACAGCAUACAUAGCCAGAGUAGUGCACUACAUCUGCGUCUGCACAGAUCAUCCAUACUAAACUGGAGAAGUGCACUGCGUCUGCACAGAUCAUCCAUACUAAACUGGAGAAGUGCACUGUACACAGAUCAUCCAUACUAAACUGGAGAAGUGCACUGCGUCUGCACAGAUCAUCCAUACUAAACUGGAGAAGUGCACUGCGUCUGCACAGAUCAUCCAUACUAAACUGGAGAAGUGCACUGUACACAGAUCAUCCAUACUAAACUGGAGAAGUGCACUGCGUCUGCACAGAUCAUCCAUACUAAACUGGAGAAGUGCACUGCGUCUGCACAGAUCAUUCAUACUCCUUGUGGGGACCACAAAGCUGCUCCGGAAGUCUCCUAAAUUAUUCAAGUUCUUUUUUUUUUUUUUUUUCAUUCUGAGUGCUCUUGAGGACACACCCUGCCUGGGGGGUUCAAGGAGUGUGUGUUCCUCAACAAAAAAAAGAGGAGGAGGAGGAGGAGGGGUGGGGGCACCAGUGUUUAUUCCACAGGUGGCCUGUGGCAUGGUUGACUGUUUACACGGCAUUAUUUAUACACGUUGGUUUGUGACCGCGGGAGUGAAUGAAAAUGUCUGUUUUUUGUUUUUGUUUUUUUGCUUUUGCUCUUUAGGUGGUCAUGAUCAGUAUAUUUUGAUUUUGAGAUAUUUUGUUUUUGGGGAGAAAAAAAAAAGUAUGAAAUAAAGAUGGCGAAUUACUGGUUUGGCCUCCAA